AUGUUGCUGAAAUCGGCAGCUGCUAAAUGGGAGCGGCUGCGAGAACAGUGGCAAAGCCGUUUCCCAUUGAACCCAGAGGAUCCUUCUGCAGGUUCUUGGCUGCAAGCUCGCAACUCUCCAUGGGGGGUGGGGUGCAAAGCAUGCCACGAAUGCGGUUGCGAGUCCAGCUUCGCGUCGUUUGGGGUUAAGACAGAAGCAGGGCUGCAGCUGGUGAAUUUCCAGAAGCAUGCCAACAACAUGCGCCACAAAGCCGCUGUGGAGAGUUAUUUGCUGGGGGACUUAGAUGCUGCAGGCAUCAACAGCGCGCCCAGCAAAACCGAGUUCCUGGAUAUUUUGGGUAGGAUUCAAAAAGGGCAGCCCACGUGCACCCAGAGAAAGGAGAAGUGCAUGACAUGGUGUUUAGCUGAAGCAAUGAAAACUUUGGAUCACAGGACCUUGGAGAAAGCAUCUGCUAUAGGCUUGUACCGGGACGAGCGCAAUGGCCGUGUGCUCGUACGUUGUCGUGCUGUUUCUGAAAGCUUGGAGGUUUGCUCUUUUGUCCUGGGCCAGGAACGCUUUGGUGGAACAGGAGCUAGGAAUUUGACAACAGCAACAGCAUCGAUCUUCAAGCGUGCUUGCACAAAGUAUGUGGCCCCACCUGGCAAAGAAGGAGUACUGAGCGAGUUGAAUGAUGCCCUGCAUGAGCACUUGAGAACAAGCGUCACUGCAAUCACCACAGAUGCUGCAGCAGACGAGACUCUCUCGGGUGAACUCAUGAGGUCAACUGUCGCAGGCAUUCGGGAGCUGACACCAAACUUGAAAUGGGUUCUGCGAGACAAAUGCCACGCUUCUAGAAGAAUAACCAGUCGGCCUUGGCACGCAGACGCUUUUCUUCAAGAAACUCUGAAAUACAUGGCUGGUGGCAGGGGAUCUGUGGCGAGGCUUCUACAACACAGUUCGGAAGUCCAGAGGAUUUUCUCAAGCUUCGCACAGGAUUCAGACGUUGCCUUGGCUAAAGUUGUUUCAAACUUUAGGUCAGCUCAGCAUCGGUUUGAGUCGUAUGCUAAGCCCUUGGGCAGAUCUUGCCUGUACCUUCACGCGGCCAUCCGCACUUGCUUGCAUCUGGCGAAGGCGCGGCAGGAUGCCACAGGGAAGCAGGCGCAAAACUGGCUUACAUGGAUCACUUCGGAGCGUGCGCUGCAAGCGGCCAUGUUGGCCGACGCGUCAGAUGCAAGCCUUGCUUUGACAAGACUGUUUGAUCAAGAGUGCAUGGAUCCUGCCAUGAUCAGGACAGAACUGAUUGCUUACAGAAGGCAAAUCCGGGCUCUAUUUGUGAAAGGGGAAUGUUUUAGCUGCUUCGGCUAUACCAAAACCAUGGCAGACCUUUUGUCGGAGCCCAUUGUGUUCCAGGCCAAAGAUCAAACUAAGUCUCUCGGCGAGACUGGCGGUGUAGCAGCAAGCAUUAAGGACUCUUGCUUGCACAGAAUGCAGGCUUGGGUCAAGCUGGCUGAAUCGGCCAUUGAAGCAGAGUUUCCUUGCUUCGAACUUGCCCAAGCAAUGACCGUCUUCGACCUUGAGCAUCCCACUGACAAUGCAGAGGAGUGUCUUACACGGAUUGCCACUGCUUGUGGACUUGACAAAGGCCUUCUGGUUGCACAAUGGGAAGAUGUGUACAGUCGCGCGCAAGUGCACUAUAGCAGAGCUUCUUCCCAAAACGAGAACCGAGCAGCUUGGUGCCGUGCCUUGCGCCUCCUGAAGCAGCACAUAGCGACAAAGAAGGCUCAUCCAACACAUGUUUUGGAGAAAGCUUUGCUUCACUAUUUCGUUUUUGGUGGCUCAUCCAGUGGCGUGGAACAGAACUUCAGCAAAACAGCUUGGUCAAUUUAUUCCCGAAGACAUUUUGCCACAGGUGAGUCAGAAGAGUUUGUGGCAAAGGUUGUUUUGGAUAGCCAUUUGUACGAUGAGACAGAGUUGGUUCACCUUGCUCGUUUGGCAUGGCGAAUGUGCUACGGACAACCACGACGACAUGUGGACGCAAGAGUUGACAAAGGCGUGAAGAGAAAAUUGAACGAUGAUCUCAUUGCUGGAAAGUGUCAAAGUGAAGCUUCUUUCAUCAGAAGGCGGCGAGCGGCUGCUGCGGCUGCUGCUGCCACACAGUCUCUUGAUGAGGAAAUUGCUGGGGUCUUGCCGGCAUGGACACAACAGCACGAAGCAGAAAAACAGUUUCAAAAACGCAAGCAGCAUUUGCGACAAGUACAGGCGAUGGCUGAAAAGAGUUUGCUUCCGUCUGAGAUGAGUUCACAACUUCAGGCUGAGGUUGACAUCUGCCGCAAGAAUCUGCAGAAAAAUGAAGAAGCCCGGGAAAAGAAACGCGCAAGGCUGCAAACUUUUGAUUCACAAACUGUUGCCGAUGUCGUGUCCCAAAUUGGCUCCGGCAAGGUUUAUUUACAUGCGGCUGCUUCGGCCACGGCUGCUGCUUCGGCAGAAAGUGAUCUGAAUGUCCAUGGUCUUCGCCGAACCCUCAUUGCAAAGGAAGCAUCUGCGAUCCUUUGCGACAUUCCCGGUGGCAUUUCAGAUUCACGGAUCAAGCUGAUAUCGGCUCUGAACGGUUGCUUUGAAUGCUCAUAUUCUUUCUUUUCUUCAGGACAGGGUGCGGUCGUGAAGUGGAAAGCAGCUGCAUUUUCUCAGAGAGCAGUGCUGGCGUCUGUGCAAUGCGCAACGCAGAACGCAGCAUUCUGGUCCUUUCUUCGCGCCAACCUUCCAGACAACCAUGCAUGGGUACUUCACAAAACAGCUGUCCAGAACUUGAAGGCUACCCAGUUGCAAUACAAAGCAGGCGUUGCUUACAUCGUUGUUACGGAGGAUGAAGUUCAACAUGCUGCAUUGUCGGGCGCCAAGAAUGUGCUCACUGGUCUCACGCGCUGUUUCUGCGGUCGGCUGGCUCGGCCGUGUAUUUGGCUGCUUCGGCCAAGAAAAUAUAGAAUAGCAAUGGUUGAAGAGCUUGCCAGUUUCCGAACACCAAAGAAAAUUUUGGUUGGAAGUGAUUUUUCUGGUUUGGAUAGUGCUUGGUUUGCUUUACAACGAUUGGACUUACCUGUGGAAUUGCAAUUCUGCAGCGACAGUGAUGAAAAGUGCAAGGCAUUGAUUCAAGGCAUCCAUAGACCGAAGCGUUUCCAUGAUGACGUGAUCAAGCGCAAACCUGGAGAAGAGCUACCUGUCCAUCUCUAUAUCUUCACGCCUCCUUGUCAAUCAUUUAGCUGCCAAGGAAAACGCGCAGGGAUCCAAGACGCGCGCGGUCGCGCCAUGAAGGGUUCUUUUGGUUACAUCAAAAGACGGCGGCCUCGUGUGGUGCUAUUUGAGAACGUUCCAGGCAUCUCGGAAAAAAAACACAAACCUGUGCUUUGUGGAAUGCACAAGGCUUUGAAGAAAUUGGGAUACAUCAUGUGGCUCAAGACUCUGGAUAGCUCAAAUUUCAAAGUGCCACAAAUGCGUCGACGGGUCUUCCUGGUUUCCAUUUUGAAGACAAGCUUGCGCAGAAAGUUUAAAUGGCCCAAAGGACAAGGCAAAAAGACUUUGUCUUCAGUUCUCGACCCAGCCAAGGAAAGUGACAAAGCUGGCAGGUUGCCCAGAAACCAGAAUGCUGCACGCAUGGCCAAACUUGCGUACAGCAAAGUGUGGGCCGAAGGAAUCGACGCAAGAAAGCAACUCGUUGCUGUAGAUGUGGGCUGCACUGAGAAGUAUUUGACCUUUGGAGUCGAUAUAUGCCGUACAUUGAGCCGAACACGAGCAGCCACAGGAGGUUUCUGGCUGAGUACUUUGGGCCGCAAGAUGUCCGUGACUGAAAUUGUUCGUGUCAACGGAAUGUUGGCAAAAGAGGUAGAAGGUUGCUUUGACUAUGUGUCGGAGAAAGACCUUUGUAAAAUGAUAGGCAAUAGCGUUCCCGUGCCACUGAUUGGAGAAAUCCUCCAGGAAGCCAUGUUUGCCGCAGGGUUGAUCAGCGUGAAAAAACAAUUUCCUUGCUAG